AUGGCACCCAAGAAGAAGGCUGCUCAGACCGACAAGGGCCGUGUCGAGGAAGAGGUUGAAGAGCCGCUUCAGGCUGUGAUUCUCGCAGACUCAUUCGAGACUCGCUUCAGCCCAUUCACACUUGAACGCCCUCGCUGUCUGCUUCCUCUGGCCAAUACCCCUUUGAUCGAAUAUACCUUCGAGUUCCUCGCCAACGCUGGAGUCGACGAAGUAUUUGUCUACUGUGGAGCCCACACCGACCAAGUCGAGGAAUACAUUCAGCAAUCGAAAUGGACUUCCAAGGUUUCUCCCUUCAACAAUGUCGAGAUCGUCCGCUCCUCGUCCAACUCCAUCGGUGAUGCUAUGCGCGACCUCGACGCGCGAGCUGUUCUUGCUGGCGACUUCCUGAUUGUCUACGGCGAUGUGGUCAGCAACUUGCCCAUCGAAGCCGCUAUUGCCGCCCACCGCCAACGUCGCACCAAAGACAAGAACGCCAUCAUGACAAUGGUCCUUCGCGAGGCCGGCACUGCCCACCGCACCAAGAUGCAGCGCGUUUCACCCGUUUUCGUCCUUGACCCUACCAAGAACCGCUGUCUGCACUACGAGCAGAUGCGACCCAAUCAGCCCUCGCAUUUGGUCACUCUGGACCCGGAUGUUCUGAAAGAGCAUGACGAGCUUGAGAUUAGGGAAGAUUUGAUUGAUUGUGGUAUCGAUAUUUGUACUCCGGAUGUCCUUGCGCUCUGGAGUGAUAAUUUCGACUACGAGGCCCCGAGAAAAGGAUUUCUUCACAGCGUGCUGAAGGACUACGAAUUGAACGGCAAGACAAUUCACACCCACAUCGUUGAUGAGCACUACGCUGCCAGAGUCAAGAACCUGAGAGCCUACGAUGCCGUCACCAAGGAUAUUCUGAGCAGAUGGGCUUACCCGAUCUGCCCCGACAGCAACUUGGUGCGCGACCAGACCUACAGACUUACUAAAGGCAAUGUCUACCGAGAAGAGGGAGUCGUUUUGGCGAGAUCAUGUCAUAUUGGCCCAAGGACUGUGAUCGGCCGGGCAACAGCAAUUGGAGACGGAAGCGAAAUUUCCAACAGUGUUAUUGGUAGGAGGUGCAUCAUUGGAAGGAACGUCAAGAUCAGCGGCGCAUACAUCUGGGAUGACGCUUCGAUUGGUGAUGGCACAGUGGUUAAGGAUGCCAUUGUUGCGAACGAAGCUUCCGUUGGCAAGAAGUGCAACAUCAUGCCUGGUGCAUUGUUGUCAUACGGAGUAUACAUCUCCGACGGCAUGACAAUUAAGUCCAGGAUCACGAAGGUGAAGCGCGAAUCGGGCUACGACCAAGACGAAAUCAUUCGCGGAGAGACGGACAAGGAGGUUGUUGGACAAAAAGGAGAAGGCUUUGAGUACGAGACUUCAGACGAUGAGGACGAAGACGACGAGGAGCACCACAGCCUGCACUCAGCAAGCAUCUACAGCAUGCAGAACCAAUCAGCCGAAUCGAUUUCGACCCUCAAUUCGGAAGCCUACAGCAGCGAGUACGAUGGAAGAGCAGAAAAGAGCACGAGAUCACAGAGUUUCGGUUCGAUCGGUUCGGUUGAUUCAGAGGACAGUAGGGCUGGCCGUGAGGCUGUCGAUUUCCACCACGAUGCAGCGGCCAGUAUUUACGACUCGUUGCAAAAGGGUGAUGAGGCAGCCAACAUUCAGCUCGAACUUACGGCACUACGUAUGUCUGCCAACGCAUCGCCGCAUAUGGUGCGUCGCGCGGUCGUGGCAGCCUUCAUGAAGCGCAUGGCUAGUCUGAUCGAAGAAGGUCUUACGCCAGCACAAGCGGCCAAGAAGACGAUACCUACUCAGCAGAUGCUGAUCGAGCGUACCAUGUUCGAUCGUGGUGAUGCUCACGAAGACAAAGCUGAUCAGGUGGACUUCUUGCUGCUCGUACAAGCAGAUGUCUGUCACCGUCCAGAUGGUGAAAAGAUUAUGCUUCACGUCUGCAACGAAUUGUACAUGGGUGACGCACUUGAGUUCGAGGGAGUCAUGCAAUGGUGGGCAGAUGAGAAGAAUGAGGCUAGCGACGAAUUGAAGCAAAUCAAGCUUGCUAUGGGCCAGUUUGUGGAUGCUAUCAAAGCCGCAGAGGAGAGUGAAGAAGAGAGCAGUGAAGAGGAGACAGAGAGUGAGGAAGAGAGUGACGAUGAGUAG